CGUGCGGACUCACAAGAGGUCCUACCACCAGUAAAAAGUCCAAAGGAAAAUGUGUAAAAUUCAAACAUGCUUUCUUUUUUCAGUGAAAAAUGUGUCGAACAGCGCAUGCUAUCCUCCAAACAGCAAUAUGUGGGGUUCAAAUGCUCGUCCGCGUCUUUAUGACGGUCAUACUUAUGCUAGAGAACGUGAUUCGGAUGGUCUUGCAAACAUCGUAUAAUUUCAUUUCGUUCAUGCUCCAAAUGAUAUCACUAAUACCUAUAUGCGUUGUUUUUCUCCUCACUGCGAGACUAAAAUGUUUCAUGUGUGGAGGGGGCGGGCCCUGUCCCGUGAAUAAAGGAGGCGCCUGCGACUGCCUUAUGUCCGCAGUGGCCAUUGUUAUUCUCUUCAUCAUCUUCAGAGCGACUGGCGUGCUGGACAAGAUGUUAUACAGUAUCGGCUACGUUAAAGCUCGGGCCUUAGCUCACACGCGGUUCGUGCCUACGCCAGGUGAUAUCACGGAAUGUUCUAGAAACCAAACAGAGGAAACCGAGACUAUUCAUGGUAUUAUGUCCACUAGUGAAAUGACGCAUGGGACAAACAGCAUGCAUACGACAGCCACGGAGAUUUUCAAAUCGACUACAUCGAAGAAAUUGUUGAGGGAGGGUCUGUUUUUUAAAUUAACCACUCUGUCGAGCGAUAAUUUUGAUACGAUAAUAGAGCACUACUUCGCGUGAUAAAAUUUGUUUGCAUUUGUCUUGUUCGAAAUAAAAAA